AUGGCUCCUAUCCCAGCCCUUGUCAACAACAACACGCUCUCUCCUCGGGCUGUCAAGCAAUACGAGGUUAACAUGGAGAAGGAACUCUUCCUUACCAAACUGAUCUUCGGGAUCAUUGUUGCCGCCCUUGCCGUGUUCUUGGGGUACGUCCAGUUGAAGCCCAAGUACGAGAAAGAAUGGAAGCCCAAGCUUAAGCCUAAGCUUCGGGACUGCAAGGAGAAGUAUGAGGGCUGGAAGGAGAAGAUGGCGGCCUGGCCAACAGCGCCAGCGCCUGCUCUCGUGGCUGAUCGCCACGCUUCCGAGGCUCCGGAGGUCGACCGAAUCACUUGUGAUCUGACUCCGGAGUACCUGAAGAAGUCGACAGCGGUCAUCGUCUAG